AGCUUGCUCGACUCCAAAGCCCUCGACGGCAUCAAAACUCCCGCGACGACUUGACUGCCUCCUCGCGAUAAACAUCGACUAGUGACCGUGCCCGAGCCGCGAUUCGAACAAAAGCCGCCAGGUCUCGAUAUGGACGCUGUCUUUAGGCCGCUGGCCGAAGCCGUGGGUGCUUCGCUCGACCAAAUCAAGCAUAUUUUUAAUAUCGCUGUCACACUUUUCUAUCUUUUGCCCGUCCUGAACCUCUGGUUUGGUUUCUUGCAGCUGCUCGCCGACGUCAUUGCGACAUACUAUAUUGCUCUGAAUGUCAAGGGUAAGAACAUGCCUUGGAUCGUAUUUGCUGUCACCAUGGGUCAUCUUACUGUCAAUCAUGCCAUCCGCGCGCUCUGGGACCUAAGCUACGAGACGGUUGAGGUUACCGGGCCGCAGAUGGUUCUCGUCAUGAAACUGACAACCUUCGCGUGGAACGUCUAUGACGGCAGGCGACCGGCGGAGGAGCUCGACAAGUGGCAGACAGAGAAGAGAGUUGUCCAGCACCCCAGCCUGCUGACGUUCCUCGGCUACUCGUUCUAUUUCCCUGGCCUGCUGGUCGGGCCGUACUUGGAGUUCGCCGACUACAUGGACCUCAUUGACGGCACACGGUUCAAGCUUCUCGAGAAGGCCGAUGACAAACAGUUCAAAGCCGUCUCCAUUCCCGGGAGACUGGUCCCUCGAGGUCGCAAGCGCGUGGCGUAUCGAAAGAUGAUCAUGGGCCUCAUCUACUUGGGUCUGUUUGUGGUUCUCGGCGGCCAGUACAAUUUCGGCAUUGCCGUCCAGGAUUGGUUCGCCCAAAAGAGCUUGCUCUACCGCAUUGCCAUCUUCCAGGUCUGUGGAGUCGUUGAGCGCAUCAAGUACUAUGCCAUCUGGACGCUGACGGAGGGCGCAGCCAUACUAACUGGGUUGGGUUUCACUGGCUUCGGCCCACGUGGAGAGACCCGCUGGGAGGGCGCGGCAAACGUGAAGGUUACGAUGAUCGAGUUUGCGCCUAACAUGAAAGUUCUCCUGGACUCAUGGAAUAUGAAAACGAACGUCUGGCUACGCGAGUGCAUAUACAAGCGGGUCACCCCCAAGGGCAAGAAGCCCGGCUUCAGGAGCAGCAUGAUCACGUUCGCCACGAGCGCUUUCUGGCAUGGGGUUGCAGGUGGAUACUAUCUGUCGUUCCUGUUCGGCGGUUUUAUGCAGACCGUUGGGCGGCUCUGCCGGAGCCAUAUCCGUCCGCUCUUCCUGCCUGCAACCUACGUGGAGGUCCGCGGGGGGCCUCCGCCUCCGCACACACCACUGAAGAGGGUUUAUGACAUUGUCGGAACGCUGUCCUGCAUCCUGAUCCUUAACUACAUCGCCGCACCGUUCAUGUUGCUCACGUGGCACGACUCGCUUCUCGGGUGGAGCCGUCUGGCAUGGUACGGACACGGGAUCAUCUUUGGCGCCAUGGCCUUUUUCUACGGCGGAGGCAUCAAGAUGCUCAAGGGCAUCCAAGCUGGUAGAGUCAAGAAAUCGGGCAUGGCGCAGGAGCUUAAGGAGGUGCCGAGUGGCCUAUCCACGGGAACGGCGACGCCGAGUAUACAGACGCUUCCGCCAUUGGAUGCUGUCGCCAAGGAGGUCGAGAAGUCAGAGUUCAUGCGCAACCUCAGCACCUGACAAAAGUUUUGCGUCAAGGGGAUAAUAUCUAGAGACUCCGAGUCGGCCAAUUUACAUCACAUAGUAUUUAGUCCUGCCAAUAUCAAUCUUGUCUUGGAUACUC